CUCUACUCUCUACUCUCUACUCUCUACUCUCUGCUCUAGUCUCUCCAUUUAAUAUUCGUCUGCUUCACUUUGUCUUUCUGCCCUCUUUGUCUUUUUGAUAGAUAAUUCAUAUACCCUGCUCUCUCUCUCAUUUGCCUUGGAUCUGAAGGGUUUCCCUUCAUCAAAGAGUGUGAUUUUCUCAGUGUUGAAGCGGAAGAAAACAUGAUCAGAGCCCAUCAAUCUCUAUUAAGAACAACUACCACUUCUGAUUCGACUUCUUCUAGCUUCAAAUGUUCGACCCACUUUUGGUAAUCCACGCUCGUUCUCAAAUCUCCUUGCGUAAAAAGAAAAAAAAAAAAACCCAAAUACCCCCAUAACCUUAUCAUAAGUAGCUUCUCGGUCGAUCACUACACACACCAUAAAUAUUUUUCUUCUUGUUGAUGUUCUCUGAAGUAGUGUAAUUUGAUCGCCAGUAGCUUAGACCAAGAUUCAAUCCAUCAAGCUUUUGUCAGACCUAGUUGAAAAUUAUUCGUCUUGACCAAAAAGGAAGAAACUUUGUGUUUGGGUGAGAGAGAGAGAGAGAGAUUUUGGAGUAAAUAUAUUUCAUAAAAAAAAAAAAAGCAAAGUGGCGAAGAUGAGCUUGAGUGCAACCGAGGAUGAUUCGGCUUCAGAGAUUCAUAUUCCAGCUGAUAUUGAUUGGCAUAUGCUUGACAAAUCAAAGUUUUUCUUUCUGGGUGCCGCUUUGUUUUCUGGUGUAUCGGCUGCUCUUUAUCCAAUAGUCGUUUUGAAAACCCGGCAACAGGUUUCUCCCACUCCCAUUUCUUGCUUUAAGAUGUCCUUUGCCAUUAUGCGCCACGAGGGCUUAAGAGGCUUCUACAGAGGAUUUGGUACCUCCUUGAUGGGUACCAUCCCAGCUCGAGCGCUUUACAUGACUGCACUUGAGGUCACCAAGAGUAAUGUUGGGACUGCCACUGUUCGAUUAGGCUUCUCCGAUACCACGGCCACGGCUAUUGCUAAUGCUGCUGCUGGAUUGAGCUCUGCCAUGGCUGCUCAAUUGGUUUGGACCCCAAUUGAUGUUGUGAGCCAAAGACUAAUGGUGCAGGGUUGUGACUCUAGCAGCAAGAACAUAAUCCCCAAUGUCUCAAACAAAUAUAACAAUGGUAUUGAUGCGUGUCGGAAGAUUGUGUGUGCAGAUGGGCUAAAAGGAUUGUAUAGGGGAUUUGGGAUUUCCAUACUGACUUAUGCACCUUCCAAUGCGGUUUGGUGGGCUUCUUACUCUGUGGCACAUAGGUUAAUUUGGGGUGGUUUUGGUUGCUACAUGGGUAAAAAGGAGGAUGCUUUGGUCAAUGGGAAUGGGUGUAAUUUUAGGCCGGAUUCAAGAGCAACGGUGGCAGUGCAAGGGUUGUGUGCUGCUAUGGCCAGUGGGGUUUCGGCUAUAAUUACUAUGCCGCUUGAUACAGUUAAGACAAGAUUGCAGGUUUUGGAUGGAGAGGAAAAUGGGCGGAGAAGGCCACUUACAGUUGUGCAAACAGUUAGGAACUUGGUCAAAGAAGGUGGGUUUAGAGCUUGUUAUAGGGGUUUGGCUCCAAGGUGUGCUUCAAUGUCUUUGUCUGCAACAACUAUGAUCACUACCUAUGAGUUUUUGAAACGGAUGUCUACCAAGAGGCAAGAAGAGAACAGAGAUUUACUUCGUGACUAGAUACAGCUGUUAGAUUGAAUUUUACAAAUGGAUUUUUUUUUUCCUUUGGCUAUAGUUAAGCUAAGAUUGGCUGCUUCCCAAUAUGCUGAUUAUAUGUAAAUUCCUCUCUCUCCUCUCUUUUGCCACUUUGUUUUAGGGCUUUCUUCAUUAGGGUGGAGAUUGGAAAUUAUUCCUGUUCACUGUAAGCUUUUCUAAUUCCCCAAAUUCCUCCUAUGAAUAGUGUAAAUGGAAUCGUUUCCUCUUUAUCUCUCCAA